AUGGCUCAGGUCAAGCCCGCCUUGACGCUCGACGUCAACCUCGGCUCCUCCACCCACGCAGGCAUCGGUGGCUCCGGCACAAGCACAACCCCGCGCUCCCACCACAUUGCCGUCAACAACAAGAUCCAAAAUCACAUCCACGCGUCCACCUUUGCGCCCCAGUCCGACUACCAGAACAACGAGUUCGAUCAGCACGACAACGGCGGAUUCAGCAGCGACGAUGAUGCACAGGACGUCUACGCAGCCGCCACCAGCAGGCUCAAAGCAGGCAGUGCAAGCGCUGGCGCAAAAGCAACCCGCGACACUGCACACUCGGCCACACAGCUCCGCUACCAUCCCUCGGCAUCCGACGCCGCCGCCGCCGACUACGAUGGCGAGCUGGAUACCUACGGCGACGAUGCCUAUGCUCAGGAACAGCACUACCAACACCAUCACAUCGCAGACGGCAUCCACGACGAGAUGGACUACGACGACGACGAUGACGACGACGACCAGGACGAUGCACAGCACCUCGACGACGACGAGUCCGACCUCAGCUCCAGCCCGUCCAUCCCAGACGAGAACAUCGACUUUGACCUCGUCUACGCCCUCCACAACUUUGUCGCCACCGUCGAGGGUCAGGCCACCGUACACAAGGGCAACAGCCUCACCCUCCUCGACGACAGCAACAGCUACUGGUGGCUCGUCCGCGUCCUUCGCACCCAGGAGGUCGGCUACAUCCCUGCAGAAAACAUCGAAACCCCCUUCGAGCGCCUCGCACGCCUCAACAAGCAUCGCAACGUAGACCUCACCUCCGCCACCGACGACGACCACAUCCAGGUGCCCGAGCGAAUCUUCACCAGCCACCUCGUAAAGGCACGCAACGCGUCCGGCACCGCAGGCGUCUCCCACCAUUCCGGAAAGCUCUCCGCCCUCUCCCGUCGCGCACAGGGCGCGCCCGCUCCACUCACCAAGGAGCAGCGUCGCAACAAGCGCGGCGUCGUCUUUGGCCCCUCCACCUACCUCGAACACAGCGGCGACGAGUACUCGGACUACGACGAAGACGAUCCAGACGAGGAGCGUCUCGAGUACGAGGAGGACCCCGAUGCUGUCUACGACGACGAGCAGGACGACGACCUCGAUGACGACCAGCAAGACGCACACCAACACCGCACAGACCAGCUCGGCUUCAACAAGAUGGAACCCGACGACGGCAUGGACUGGGACGGUCACGAGGCAGAACGCGUACAGCAGCAGCACCAGGACGCCAUGCGCGCCGCCGCCGCCGCUGCCUCCGCACAAUCUGCCACCGACGCCAAUGCAUCCCACUCGGAGCAGCAGACGCAUCCCUACUCCCAACAGUACCAGGCCAACCCCGCCGGCCCAUCGCACACUCAGUCGCAAGACCAGCAGCAGCAGCUCGCCCAGGGUCCAAGGCAGCAACAGUACGCCACACAACACCAGCAGCAGCAGCUCAACGGCGAUCCUCGCCAGUCUGUCAACGGCCGCAACUCCUUGUCCUCGCAGCAGCAGCAGCAACAACAACAACAACAAAUGGCCGGCCCAAGCUACGGCUCCCUCCAGCCCUCUCGCGUACCCGGAGAGCACAUGCGCACCACCUCGGCAGAACGCUCCAUCUCGAGCGUCUCCAGCCUCUCCGCCUCCGACGCCGGCGCUCGCCCCACCUCCACCUCCAUGAGCCGCAACAGCACAUCCAGCAGCAACGGCUUCCUCCCCUCCCAGAUCCAGCGCGAGCGCGCCAGCUCCGACGCCAGCGCAAGCUCCACCAUCAUCGGCGCAGACUCGUCCGCAGCCUCGGACAAGGACAAGCGCAAGAGCAAUCGCACCAGCAAGUCCAACGACAGCCUCGACACCAGCAACGACGACAAACAAGCCAAGAAGCGAUCCGGCGUAUUCAGCCUCUUCUCCAGAAAGGACAAGAAGGAUCGCAAGAGCGCCAACUUUGACGAGCGCGACUCCAUGGUCGGAAUCAGCUCCGAGGACAGCCACAACAGCUACAUGCGCGGCCGCUCCAGUCCCGCCGCAGCAUCCGCGCCCGUCAACCCCGUCGUCCAAGCCGCCAAUGCAGGACUCCAGCCCGGACAGAGCAUCGGCAUGGGUCGAGCCGUCCAGGAGCGCGACCGCGCCACCCAGGAGGCGUACCAGAGACAGUUCCUCUCCCCGCAAAACGCCAGCUUCGACACCUCCUCCAUCGCAAACUCGAGCGCAAGCGACGACAAGCGCCGCAUGCACCAACGGCCCGGCUCCUUGAUCGGCCCAUCCGGAUCCACGCCUAUGCUCAGUGUGCUUCGCGUCUUUGCGGGCGAAGGUGUCGAUUCGGACUCCACUUUCAAGACCGUCUUGCUCAACGACAGCACCCGCUCCAUGGAUCUGCAACGCCAGGCACUCCAGCGCUUCGGUGUCAAUCCCGACGAUACGCACAAGUACGUCUUGACCAUCAAGCGCCUCGAAGGAGACGAGCGUCCGCUCGACGACGACGAGCAUCCGCUCCGCCUCUUCAACACGCUCACCGAGAUCCUGCAGCAGGGCCAGGUGACCGUGCCCAGCGUCAAGCGCUCCAGCGUCGGCUCCAUCUCGUCCAUCUCGUCCAACCUCAGCACCCAUCCCGCCAUCGCACGCCUCGGCAACGACUUUAGCGACGACCACGCCGUCAAGUUCUACAUCAGCAGGCGCGACCGGCUGCAGGGCUACGUCGAUCUCAGCGGCGGCCGCAACAUCGACGAAUCGGUUGCGCCCUCGGUCAAUGUGUCGGAUCUCUCCACCUCGCAGGACGUCAGCAACGUCACCUCGCUCAGCCUCGAUGGUCAGGACGGCGCGCGAAGCAGCCACUCAUCCGUACUUACCGCCGAGGCAGGCGAGACUGUCCAGAGUCCGACGGCACGCUUUGCGCUGCGCCUCAUCAUCUACGCUACCGACCUGCCGGACGGCAUCGUGUUUGAUCCUCAGUCGAAUGCACUCAUCCCCUCGGCCACGCUGCGCGAGAGGCUGUCGGCUCGCCCCGAAGGCGCAGCAGAGACAGGCUCGCAGCCUCGAUUCCGCGAAAAGAUCCUCACCUUCCCUCGCAACACAACGGUGGCCGAGGUGGUCGAGGAGGGCCUCGACCGAUUCGGCAUCGCCGAGGGUGUCGUCGAGGGCGGCGACGACGUCGAAGACCGCCCCUCGCGACGCAAGAGCAAGCUUCACGUCAAGUACGGUCUGGCAGUCCAGGCGGCCGACGGCGAGCGUGCGCUGGCGACCACAAGCAAGGUGCUCGAGGCGUACCCAUCGCCGCCCGCUUUCAAGCUCGGCAUUGGCAACCGUCGAUCCGUGGACGGCAAGCGCCGCUCCAUCGAUGCCGCUGCUCUGCUGGGUGCUUCGGACGACGUCGCUGCUCACGAUCCGGUGUUUGUCCUGCGCCAGAUCACGCACGCGCACUCGGGCCCCAAAGCGCGCCAGCACCUCAACACGCUCGGCGCGCGUGCAUCGAGUCCCACCGACAAUGCUCUGGCUGCAUCGCAGGACGCGCGUCAGGCACAUGCAAAGCCGGCCACUCAGGCGAGUCCGCGUCUUGGUGGUGUGAGGGAACUCGCUGCCCAACCGUCCGCGGCCAAGCAGAACAUGACGCCACAGGAGAUCAUCGCCGCUCAGCGAGCUGCCGCGGCCGAGCGCAACGCAGCCGUGCUUGGGGCGCAGCGCAAUGCGCAGCAGGGCGUCGACGUGGUCUUGUCCAAUCAGGCACGCAUCCGCUCGUCUAAGCUCGGCCCUUCGAACAAGUUCCGCUACUCGUACGUGCCCGCCGAUGGGCAGGAGCGCGAUAUCAGCUCGAUCAUUGAAGAUGUCAUGCGCGACGCACAACCAGGCACCGCCGGCACCACCAGCACCGACUCGGGCCUCGCCCCGCCCGACGCAAGGCCGCCGUUCGGCACCAAGAAGAGCAUGCAGAGCGACAUGACGCUGGAGGAGUAUGCAUCGGCACGCAGCUCGUCUGGCGCCGAGAGCCCGUUGAGUCUGGACCAGGUCAACUACGAGGUGCGCAGUCCCACGGCCGAGCUGGAAGGCGUGGCGCCGCUUUCGAUCGGGCGGCAGCGCAAGCCGGCCGAGGCGGCGGCGUCCGUGUCGGACGGCGACCUGCUGGACAAUCUCCUGCGUGAGACACCGCAGAACGACGGCGGGAUGGAGGAGAGGAUCAACGCGGUGCUGGAUCGCGUGCAGACGCCCACGCCGGGCAAAGACACACAAACAGGCGGACAGGCUUCGGGAGCGCGGUCGGUGGCGGCGACGCGCGCGGCGCACAAGAAGCAGACGUCGGUUGGAUCCGAGCUGAGCAACUCGCGCGAGACGUCGAGCCCGCUGACGGUGGGGACGAGCUCGGUGGCGACGCAUGCGACGCAGGCGACCAACACGAGCGGCACCAUGCUGACGCCGCUGUCGACGUUUGUGACCAACGCGAAUGGGGCAGCGCAGGCUCGGACGGUGCCGGUGGGGGUGCGUUCGGGAAGCGCGCUCGGUGGUUCGUCGAUGGGUGGUUCGCGAUCCAACACGCCGUCUGCGUAUCCUUCGGUGGCUGCGCUUUCGUUUGGAGCGGACGAUGCGUCGCUGUCGCAUCUGUAUACGAUUGUGGAGGCGGCGGCGCGGCGCGAUCCGCGCAAGGCACGGCUCAUGACGCACGCGAGCAUGAGCUCGAUUGCGUCGACCACGUCGCCCGUACUCGGGUCGUCGGCGCUCAUGGGUGGUGUUGGGGUGGCAGCAGAUCGUGCCACGCCUGGUGGGGGGCUUGGAUCACGACCGGGCUCGAAGCUGUCGUCGUCAGCCGCCUCGUCGCGCCUGGCGCAGCUGCUCGAGGACGACAAGGAUACACUCAAGCCGGAGCCGGGCGGACUGUUUGCACCGCCCAUGCCGUUUGUCGAGGACACCAAGCUGCGCGAGGCCUACUCGGGCAUCAACCGGCAGCUGGGCCAGAUCGACGACAGCCUCGACGAGCUGCUUGCGGAUGUGAUUCGCAUUUUUUAG